GCUAGGAGGCUACUGUAGCUACCAUACUGUCAACCACAUCGGCGUAGACCAGACUAUCGACGAGGCUACUUUGUCUACCAUGGCUUCAGAACAGAAUAAGGAAUACUUCAACAACGAAGCUGCAACAUACGAUGCUAAGCACGCAAAAACCUUGGACAGGAUUGUCGAGGAAAUCCGGGCCAGACUUGAUUUCAUUGGAGUCGAGUGGGUAGAUGAGGACGCCGAUUCUGGAAGCGUGCGGCUUCUGGAUUACGCCUGUGGUACUGGAGUUGUGUCUAGAGCUCUAGCUCCUUACACCACACAAUGCGUCGGUAUUGAUCUCUCAGAGAACAUGGUCGCUCAGUACAAUGCCAGAGCUGAGAACCAGGGCCUUGCUCGCGACGAAAUGUAUGCCUACCAAGGCAACCUGCUAGACCCCAACGAUCCUGAUCCCCGGGAGUUUUCCGGCUUCGAUUUUCACCACUUCGAUGUCGCCGUUGUCGGGCUAGGCUUCCACCAUUUUGACGAUCCCGCUCUUGCGGCACAGAGGCUGGUCGAGCGGCUCCGGCCUGGCGGUGUUCUAUUGAUCUUGGACUUCUUGCCUCAUGGCAAGGUUGCUGAUGACGGCCAUGCUGCUUCGCAUACCAUCACGCACCAUGGCUUCUCUGAGGAACAGGUCAAGAAGAUCUUCCAAGAUGCUGGCGCCGGAAAGGACUUCGCGUUGGAGACAAUCGGAAUUGCCUUUAACAAGGCCACGGAACAGAGGCCUGAGGAGGUCCGUAGACAGGUCUUCCUUGCGCGUGGUACCAAGGAAUAAGAGUAGGGAGGGCUCUAUUUGGUAAAGCCAUUUAUGAUAAGAUAGGUAUGGUUGAUGUUAAAGCUUCAAUGAAGUCAUUCGCAUGAUGCCACUAGUUAUCAGUGG